CCCCACUACCCCCACGUCUCCCCCUUUUGAGUCUUGACCAGAUUGUGGAAAAUCGAUAAGUGGGCCCCACACACAGACCUUUCUUCCGAGUUUCAACUUUCAACAUAUGCUCUCUGGUGUUCUCUAGCUCUCGCUCCUUUCAGCUUCUCUACACCAGAGACAUGGAGCCGAAAUCCUCUGCAACCGCACCGCCCAAGCUCCUCCUCCUCCUCUUCCUCCUCGUCUCCACCUGUCACGUCAUGGGAGCUGCCGCUUCCUCCAUCGGCGUCAACUACGGCACCAUAGCUGAUAACCUCCCACCGCCCUCCCAGGUCGCGACCUUCCUCAAGACCAAAACCACCAUCGACCGCGUCAAAAUCUUCGAUGCCAACCCCGACAUGCUCCACGCCUUCGCCGACACCAAGAUUGCCGUCACCAUCACAGUCGGAAACGGUGACGUUCCGGCCCUCGCCAAGCUCUCCGCUGCUCAGGCUUGGGUGUCCGCUAACAUUCUGCCGUUCCACCCCCGCACGAUCAUCAACCGGAUCGCCGUCGGCAACGAAAUCCUCGCCACGUCGGACAAGGACCUCAUCGCGCAUCUGCUUCCCGCCAUGAAGUCUCUCCACGAGGCUCUCCAGCUGGCUAAUAUCUCCACCGUCCAGGUCGGGACACCUCACUCUCUGGGCAUACUAGCGCCCAACACGGGCCCACCGAGUCAGGGCCGAUUCCGAACCGGCUACGACCGAGUCGUCUUCACUCCGAUGCUCGAGUUUCACCGCCAGACCAAAUCCCCGUUUUUGAUCAACCCGUACCCGUUUUUCGGAUUCGUACCCGAGACUUUAAACUACGCGCUCUUCAAGCCAAACGCGGGCGUUUUCGACAACGCCACGGGGAUGAACUACACCAACAUGUUCGACGCGCAGAUGGACGCGGUUUUCUCGGCGAUGAAGCAGGUCGGGUACGAGGACGUGGACAUCGUGGUGGCGGAAACCGGGUGGCCCUCCGCGGGCGACCCGACCCAGCCCGAUGUCAAUGUGGACAAUGCGGCGUCGUAUAACGGGAACCUCGUGCGGCACGUUAGCUCGGGAAAAGGCACGCCGUUGAUGCCGAACCGGACGUUCGAGACUUACAUCUUCGCGCUGUUCAAUGAGAAUCUGAAACCCACGACUUCGGAGCGGAAUUACGGGUUGUUCAAGCCCGACUUGAACCCGGUUUACGACGUGGGCAUUUUGCGGAACCAACAGGCAGCGGGUCCUACAUCUGGCGUGGCAUCCGGACCCACCUCUGGCGGGGCGGCCGGACCCACAUCUGGCGGGGCGUCGGGUCCCGCGUCCGGUGGAGCAACAGCACCGUCAUCGUCGGAGAAGAGGUGGUGCGUGCCCAGAUCGAACGCUUCUGAUGCGGCGCUGCAGGCGAACAUAGAUUACGUGUGCAGCAGCGGAGUGGACUGCAAGGCGAUACAAAAAGGUGGGCCCUGCUUUCAACCCGAUACCGUGAGGUCGCACGCAGCUUACGUCAUGAACGCUUAUUACCAGUCGGUGGGGCCGCAGGAUUACAAUUGUGACUUCAAACACACUGGAUUCGUCACCACCACUGAUCCCAGUUACGAUGCGUGCACGUAUCCAUACAAGUCGGAGAAGUUGGAAAAGUCGGUGGAGGGAGGCUCGAUGAAAAUGAAAAGUAGCAGAGUGGCGGAGAUAUUUAUGAUGGUGGUAGCUUCUUGUAUUAUGUUCUUUUAGAAAAAUUAGAAUUAAGAUUAUCUUUUGUAAUUUUAAAAAGAGUUAAUUUAAUUUCGUCAUUAACUUAGGAUAGCUACUCUGGCUGCUGCUAUUGUAGGGGGGUUUAAUUAUUGGUUGGGUGUCAAGAAGUGGCCGUGUUUUGGACAGACCUUCAUGUAAACGGGGAUAUAGGCUUUUUCGCUAUUUGGGCUAAUAGCGGAAUGGCAUGUCAAUGUAUUAUUAAUCGGAAUAGCAAAAUAUUGUUAUUUCUAACUAGGACUCUCGGAUGUAUUAAAUUUGAAGUUAGUACUUAUCAACUGCUUAUGGAACAUUAUUAUUUAUUUUA